GUGACCCUCGCGAUAAGGCCGGACGGCGCCGAGGUGCCGCCGUCGGACACCCCCGCUCGGGGCCGACGUGCGCCGUUCCACACCCCAUCCGGCCCGGAGAUUGCGGCUGUCCGACAUCCCCGAGCGCCGCCGUCCGACACCACCGCGCGCCACCGCCGUUUGCCGUCCAGAUCGACGUUCUUCGACCCCGCCACCCGAGUCCUGCGUCGACGGUCCGGCCUUCCGGCCCGGAGAUUGCGGCCGUCCGACAUCCCCGAGCGCCGCCGUCCGACACCACCGCGCGCCACCGCCGUUCGCCGUCCAGAUCGACGUUUUUCGACCCCGCCACCAGAGUCCUGCCUCGAUGUUCUUCGACCCCGCUAUCCGUGUCCUGCCUCGAUGUUCUUCGACCCAACAAACACUCUUCAGUUGGAAGCGAUAACGGUGUGGUUCCAGGAGGCUGAAGAAAGAAUUAAACAACUUCCAAACCCAACAAACUGGCCAGACUUCAACGUGGCCUCGUGGAACAAGAAGACAAUCAAAGGGCUGCCAACCCAGAAAGACGGGAGCUCUUGUGGACUCUACCUUCUCAAGUACAUAAUGCUUUGGACGGGAUCCAAACUAUCCAAAACAUUUUCAAAGAAAGAUAUAGAUAUGUAUAGGAGACAACUUGCACAUGACAUACUCAACAGUGACAGAAAUUCACUCCGAAAAAACCAGCAGCCAGACCAGACAAAGGCAAUUUCUGAAGAUGGAGUUUCUACCAAAAAAAGAAAGAGGUCCAGGACGAGCACCAGGAAUAUAUCUACACAGUAGAUAUGGCUUUCGCAUAGACAUUCGUCUUAAAUCAAACGUUUUCCCAUUUCCUCAAUAAUUCGGUUUGUAAGCAACAAUUUGAUGUUAUUUAUCCGGCACUUGGUGUGCGACAAUUUGCUCAAUAAUUCAGUUUGUAAGCAACAAUUUGAUGUUAUUUAUCCGGCACUUGGUGUGCGAUAAU